CUGCUGUUCGUUCGUCAGCAGCACAUUAAACACGAAACUACAUUGCCUAUUAAUACUACUACUUUUGGGACUCAACUGAAACGUGCCUGAGAACAAACGCCACCUACUCGAAUGGGCAGAACCCAAAAAAGAACGUAUAUAAAAUAAAACAACUUAAUUACAGCACACUUAAAAUCCUCUAUCUCCUUUCCAAUAUUUGUAGACGUGCGCGCCCAUCAACUUCCUGACUGUCGUGCUCGUUCCAGAUACCGUCAGCAACACCUCCCCGCCCAUCCAAACCCCAUAGAAAAGAGAUUACAGAGGGAGUGUAGUGAUUGCUGCAAUUGAGAUGGGAAAUCCUAUUAGAGAACAGUGAAUUAGACAAGGAGGUGAAUGUAAGGAAUUUUAAAGUUUUUAAACCCAUUGUCAACUACACAAUUCUUUGAAUCCGGAAGCAGGUUUUGUUUAGGCACCGUCGGAGGUGCGAAUUACAGAUACUCACUUCUGAGUGAAGCCUGGAAUCGCUUUUAUUAAGAAAAUGAAAAUUAUAGAGAAAUUUGUGCAGGUGUGUAAUUAUUUGCAGGAUCCUUACAAAGUGUCAUGGUUUCAGCAAAUCUGCGGUGUGGAAACAGCCUCGCUGAGAGGGGAUCAGGAUGAACAUGAACAACACCUUUGCAACGGUAUUAAUCGGUUCAUUGAGAAGGGAAAGCAAGAAGAGGAAGACGGGCCCAUCGUCAGACACCGACCAAGUAUAAAGAGUGACAUUGCGAAAAGCUUAAGUAGUAAAAACGGAGUGAUUAAUGUGUGUGAUCAUAUGAAGAGCUGCGCAGGGGACAGUGGUUCUGACUUGAGGAAGAGUACAGCUGAUAACCACAGCUUUGGUUCAGAAACUCUCGGUAAAGGUCCAGAACAGUCUGACGGAUUGACAGUAGAUGAAAAAAUGAAGCCCUUACGCAGGAAUUCUCUAACGGAAGAAGAUGGACAGGCAUUCUCAAUUAAAUGCAAGACCCUCUAUUUUCUUUUUACGUUGGGCACUGAGCUUGGCAAUGAACUGUUUUACAUAUCAUUUUUCCCUUUCUGGAUUUGGAACGUUGAUGCCUACGUGGCCAGGAGGAUAAUAUUGAUUUGGGUCUGGGUGAUGUACUUGGGACAGUGCACUAAAGACAUCUUACGAUGGCCACGUCCCCCCUCUCCACCUGUGGUUAAAGUGGAGGUCUUCUAUAACUCGGAGUAUAGUAUGCCUUCUACACACGCGAUGUCUGGGACUGCUAUCCCAAUCUCCUUGCUGCUACUCACUUAUGGCAGGUGGCAGUAUCCAUUCAUUUAUGGGCUGCUUCUAGCUCUUUGUUGGUGUUCUCUGGUCUGUCUGAGUCGAAUAUAUAUGGGAAUGCACACAGUUCUGGAUGUCAUUGUUGGAGUCCUUUAUGCUGUUCUUAUACUGAUCGUCUUCCAUCCAGCACUGGACUUCAUAGACAACUUCAAUUUAACUUACAGAUAUGCUCCACUGAUUAUCAUCAGUCUCCAUUUGUCCAUGGGACUUUUUUCAUUCACCCUUGACACCUGGAGCACAUCCAGAGGGGAUACUGCUCAGAUUCUCGGUAGUGGUGCUGGAAUUGCCUGUGCCUCCCAUGUGAAUUACAGGUUUGGAUUUAUGCCGGACCCUACACCGGAUAUGCUGCCAUUUAUUCCACCUAGUAUAACACUAGGACUGCUUGCAAAGUCAUUGCUGAAAUUCUGCAUUGGAGUAGUUAUUGUAGUUUUGACCAGAGCAGUGAUGAAAAAAAUUACUAUCCCUCUGGCAUGUAAAAUACUUCAUAUACCAUCUGAUGAUUUACGUAAAGCACGACAAAGAAUGGAAGUUGAACUUCCCUAUCGUUACAUUACUUAUGGAACAGUGGGCUUUAGCAGUUUAUUUUUAGUUCCUCGUGUGUUAUAUGCCCUGAAUCUGUCUUGAUGAACUCUAUCUGUUCGGAGUAAAAAUGUGGUUGCACAGUUUCUGAGAAACUAUGUACUGGUGGGUUAAGGGCUGCAGUGGAUUGAUAUUUAAAGUUGUACACUGAAAAAGUCAUACUAUCUGUAACCACUAUUUCAAACAUCCAUCUUCCAUCAUAUUUUCUGGUGAAUUGCAUUCUCCAGGGAUCAUUUUCUAUGUAUUUCUGGAGACAUGGUUUUAAGUUCUAUAUCUCAAAAUACUUAAAAUCCUUAAUUUCAGAAAAAAUAUCGCUAGUCAUUAUUAUUACAACUUCCAUCGCAAUUAUUAUUGCAACUAACAGUAGAUUUCAGAUACUGUAUUACAAAGCUUAUUAAUUGUGCCUUUAAGUUGCUAAAGCAAGUGAAACUACAAACUGUACUGUGAUAAUUUGUAUUACAUUAUGCUUUGCCUCCUACUUAACAUGUAAUGCUGCAAUUAAGUGCACUGCAUGGACUUUAUUCUGCCUUUUUCAGAAAGGUAGACAUUUACUGUAAAAAAAUUAAUAAAGCAAAAUACAAAGACAUAGGAUAUUCUCUGGCAAGAUAAGGUAGUUGCAUAGUUUUUAGAGUAAAGGAGCAGAAAGAGAAUCUUGUAUAAUAUCUAUUCUAUUUUUGUAUCUGAAAGAAGUGUUAUAUAUUGUUUGCUGUGUUGUACAGAGUUGGAUCAGAGUUUGUCAAAGUUGAGGUCUUCAGUAAGACAAAAAUUUUCUUAGCCAGUACUUUUUAGUUGACAUUUUUUGAAUAGUUGCUUUUUACCAGUGCUUGGUUUAUUGCUGUACCUUACAGCAUGUUUUGUCACAUAAAUUACAGUGGCACUGUUUAACGGUACAUAUUAAAUUUGCCUUAAGUGAAUUAAUUUUGCCUGUAUUACAGCACUGAUCAUAGUAUUGUUGUUUAUUUAAACAGUUGUUUGUUAAAUCUCAUAGAUACUUAGGCUUUUAACAUUGUUCUGAUUGUGUGCAUCACAAGCAUCAGUUUUUAUUUGUACUGUACUUAAAGUUUACUUCCUUUUGUUUUACAUACCUCUAUGAUUGUGCACUAAACAUUGUGUUAUUGAGUAAAACAACUCCCUCUCUGAGCUGUAUUGAAUCUGCUGAAAUUACUUGCUGGUCUUGUUAAGCAUUAUAUUCUUCCAGUGAUUUUUCCAUUUCUUGAUAGAGAUGCUUUGUUAUACAUUUCUGUAUACUAAGUACUUCUAAGCUCAGUUAAUAGUCUGUAGUCAUUGUCGGAACAGAACUAUUUUCUCAGUUUUUUCACUUUAGAAAUCUUUGGAGUGGAGCUGUUUUGACUUACAAAUGUCCUGUUAAUUUUAUGUAUGAACAUGCUGUUAAAAGUUCACUAUUUUGAUUUAUAAACAGAAUUAGAAUUUUCA